AUGAACCGGGUGAUAAAGUCUCCUCAAGAAAUUGAGGUAUUGCGGUACGUGUGCAAGAUAAGUUCGGAGGCGCACAAGGUCGUAAUGCGCUCUAUGCGCCCUGGGAUUCCAGAAUACAAAGCGGAGGCUUGGUUUUUGAAUUAUGUAUACGCCGAGGGAGGGUGCAGGCAUGUGUCUUACACGUGCAUCUGCGGAUCCGGACAUAAUUCCUCUGUACUGCACUACGGCCACGCCGGUGCGCCGAAUAGUAAGGUCAUACAAGAUGGAGAUAUGUGCUUGUUCGACAUGGGCGGCAAUUACUGCGGAUAUGCGGCCGACAUUACGUGCAGUUUUCCGGCCAACGGAAAGUUCACCGAGGAUCAAAAGCUGAUCUACAACGCGGUGCUGAAGGCGCGCAACGAGGUGCUCGCGGCCGCGAAGCCGGGAGUCGCCUGGACGGACAUGCAUCUGCUGGCGAACAGGGUCAUGUUGACGGCGUUGAUUGAGGGUGGACUGCUGGUGGGCGACGUCGAGGAGAUGAUAAAAAUGGGCUUGAACGAAGUGUUCCAGCCUCACGGGCUGGGCCACUUGCUGGGGCUGGAUGUGCACGACGUCGGUGGAUAUCUGUCCGGUCAUCCUGAACGCCCGAAGCAAGUAGGAUUGAGAAAGUUGAGAACCGCGCGAGUACUGCGCGCCGGAAUGGUUCUCACGGUGGAGCCGGGCUGUUACUUCAUUGACUUCUUGCUGAACUCAGCUCUUGCCAAUCCGUAUCAAAAGAAAUUCUUCGUGCCGGAACAGUUGCAGAGGUUCCGCGGUUUCGGCGGCGUCAGGAUCGAGGAUGACGUCCUCAUAACGGAAACCGGAGUGGAAAAUCUGACGGAUGUUCCUCGCACAGUCGAGGAGAUAGAGAGCUUCAUGCAGAGUUGA